GAACGUGGCUCUCUCCUCUCCCUUUCUCUGCCUUCUGGUCUCCGGAUGUAAAGGUUUGUUUUUGGUUUUUGGUUUUUUUUCCUCUCUGCUCUAUGACAUUGCCACAACAUUCUGCUUCAGCACAGGCCUAGAAACGAGAGUCAUGUGGUCACAGAAUACAGUUUCUGCAACUCGGAGCUAUUUUCCCCACAAUGACAGAAAGCUGACAAUACAGCAAACACCAGCCUUCUGGGGAUCCCACCCAGUGUCUGUCAGCUAUGGGGUCAUCUAGCCUGGCUUUUGGGAGACAUUAUCUUUUUGUCUUCGUGCGCCCCAGAUACUAUUCCUCUAACCUUCCCAGUCUCUUUCCCUGGUCCUGGACGUUUUCUUCCAGCAUGAGUUCUGCUAGUGGGCUGCUAGCCUCCUGAGGGGACUCUGCAGAGUAUCCCUGCUCUGCUGUGCUGCCCAGUGCAAUGUGGCUGUCUUCCUGCUUGGGGGGGGGGGCUCCCUGCUUCCCGGGCUCCUUCUCUUCUCUGGCUGACUGGGCAAGACCAUUCAUCUCUGGCCAAUUGUAUGUCAGAGAGUCACUGCCAUGUUCUGGCUAUUUCCAUGGUGACAGAAUUACUUAUUUCAUGUAUCCGGUCUAUGUUUUUCUCAGGUAGAAGACUGAUUUUUGUCACUCCUUGAUUUGUUGUUGUUAUUGUUUGUUUCAAACAGGGUCUCACAUAUUUUUUCUUUGAACAAACAGCAAAGGAGGAACUUGAAUUUCCGAUCCUAUUGCCUUUGCUCCAGAGCUGGGGUUAUGGGAUUAUAGGCCUGUGCCACCAUGUCCGAUUUUAUACAGUGCCACGGACAGAAACUCAUGUUAGACACUCUACCAACUAAACCACAUCUCCCCUCCCCAAGACCUUUUUUUUUUUUGGUUUUCCGAGACAGGGUUUCUCUGUAUAGCCCUGGCUGUCCUGGAACUCACUCUGUAGACCAGGCUGGCCUCGAACUCAGAAAUCCACUUGCCUCUGCCUCCCGAAUGCUGGGAUUAAAGGUGUGCGCCACCAUUCAUUCAUUCUCUCUCUCUCUCUCUCUCUCUCUCUCUCUCUCUCUCUCUCUCUCUCUCUCUCUCUCGACAGGAUUUCUCUGUAUAGCUCUGGCUGUCCUGGAACUCACUCUGUAGACCAGGCUGGCCUCGAACUCAGAAAUCCGCCUGCCUCUGCCUCCCAAGUGCUGGGAUUAAAGGCAUGCGCCACCACGCCCGGCUUCCCCAAGACCUUUUGAGCCAGGGUCUCACUCUGUAGCCCAAGCUAGCCUAGAACUCCCAGCCACCUUCUUGCCAUAGUCUACUGAGUGUUGGAAUUAAGGUGUGAACUAUCACGGCCCAUUCCAUCUUGCCUGGAAGCAUAAAUUUGGAUGUUUUUUAAACAUCAGUUAGAUCAAGUAAAUUCUCUUGUGUCUAUUAAUCCUUUGUGUUUUCUUUCUGCAUAGUUUAUUGUCCCGAAUAUUUGUUCCUUUCUCUUUGGGAUUAUCGCCUGUUGUUCUUAGUGAUUUGAAAGGAUACUUUCAGGCUCAGACUGCAAGUUUCGUUCUCACACUGAUUUAAAGAGAAAUGGAAACUUUGUUUCCCCUAGUCAGACCUCUCUUUCUCCAACAGGGGUUGAGGCUGUUAAGUCUGAAAUCCCACCAUCACGGCUUCUGCUGUGAAGCAAGAGUUGGCAAACUGCAGCCCUAUAAACCCCUGGCUUCUGUAAAUAAAGUUGCACUGGCACAGAGCCACCCUCAUUUGUUUAGACAUCAUCUAUGCAGAUGUGGAAUUCUCAGGAUCUGAGGGCUAAUCCCUCCAGACUGCCUAGGUAGAUUAUCAACCUGUCCCCAACUCUGGACCAAGUCUUUGCUUGUGGCUUGAAGUGACUGUGUUGUGAACAUUUUGAGGUGUUGGGAUAGGCUAGCUUGGAGUAGGGUUGGCGUGUUGAUCUAAAAGCUGUUUACUGUAAGGACAUGGUGGGCUCUCAUGGAUGCCAUACAUAGAAGAUACAUAGCUAGGCUUCCUCAGGCAAGAGCCAGCACCCAAGCCUCUCACCCUUCAACUUGUUGGUCACAGACUUUCUGUUUUCUAAAAUAUUAGCCCUCAUGCUCCAAAAGCAGGCACCAAAGUAAAAGUAGUUAUGAACAGGGCAAGUGAGCAAAGGGCUUCCCGGGUGGCAACUCAAAUCCUUUCCCAAACUGACUAAAAUGCACAAGAGGAAAUUGACUACAGAAAGCUUUCUUUCUUUCUUUCUUUCUUUCUUUCUUUCUUUCUUUCUUUCUUUCUUUCUUUCUUUCUUUCUCAGAGACAGGGUUUUCUCUGUAUAGCCUUGGCUGUCCUGGAACUCACUUUGUAAACCAGGCUGGCCUCGAACUCAGAGAUCCGCCUGCCUCUGCCUCCCGAGUGCUGAGAUUAAAGGCAUGUGCCACCACGCAAGUAUACUCACUGUUUCAAGUUCAAAGGAAGCUUACAGAGUACACCUGGGUCUGAUCUGUCCCAGGGGUGGACGGCGUCCUAAAAGGCAGUGCGGAAACAGAUCUGGGAUGAGCAGACGCACUGAAGGCAGUUGGGUUGGGCACCUCAGACUGGUACCGGGGUGCAAGGGCAAAGUCCUAAUUUGGAGGGAUUAAAUAGUCCAGCAGCAUGCAAUCAGAGAAGGGACUCAGAGUUGUCCGUUGGGAGUGGCUGGAAGUGUGACAGGGCCAGCCAAAGAAGACACUCUCGUGGGCAAGCUUACGGGACAAAGAAAAAGCAAGAGGGCUGUCAAGGAAAAAAAAAUGCAGUUGGCUGCUCAGACUUUAGUUUUGGGUAGGAUGAUUCUCUUGGGCUUUAAUUUUUAAGUUUAAACAACUGGGCAUCACACACAUGCAGUAACUCGUGAAUAUACUUUAUAUGUGUAUAGAUUCCUUCACAAUAAUAAAGAUCUGACAAGGGUUCGCUCUAUCCAACCUACAAUACCGGGCUAUUUUGCCUGCGUCUUAAAAACUAAGUUAGAUACACACACAUACUGACGCGCGUGAAUUUUGAGGGCAGUUUGGAGGCUUAUGUGUGUGCUUCGUAACCCCAACCAAGUCAUACAUCAUUCCCAGCAGGCAGGGACUCUUCAGUCGCUUCCUGCUGGAGUCGCCAUUCGGCUUUCCACCCUGCGCUUUGCCUCAGGCUCCUCUCAGCUUCCGGCUUCCAAACCCCACCUGCCCCGCCUCUGCUGCACCACAAGCCCCCAUUCUUUUGAAGCAACCUUGGGGUCCACAAAGGGCUCCUCCUCUGCGGAGGUUGGGGAUGUCAUAAGGGAUGUUUUACAUCAACCUUCUGAGCCGUCCAACUGAGUGAAAGCGGCGACUCGCCUGGAGACAACAGUCUACUCCCCACCAGGUCGACACCCUAAUAAUCAGUCACGGGGUAGACUCUGAACCGAUGAGACAGGGCACUGCGCAUCCCCAGCGGCGCGUGCCCAGUGGGGAGCGCGCGUCCAGCGGACCCCGGAGCCUCCCGGCAGGUGCCCCGCCCGCGUCUCCCGUGCGCACUGGGACCCAGAGCACUGUCGGUUCACAGCUCAGACGAGCUCAACCGAAACCCAGCAGUAAUGACCCGGGGGUCGCGCCGGACAGCUGCCUCGCUAGGCCACGAGGGUCGGUCCCGAGGAUCGGGAACAGAGCCGAACUAUGGGACCCAGGGCGCACACAGCGCGGCUGGGCGCCCCGCCCGCGCUCCUGUGCGCGUGCGCCACCCGCAAUCUCGGUUUCGCACUGGGUACCCCGCCCCACACCGUCCCUACGGCGAACCGCGAGGCCCAAAGAGCGGAGGAUCGCCGCGGGCCGAGGGCGGGGCGUCGCGCUGAGGUCAGCGCGGCGGCGAUCGGCCCCGCGGUGGUUGGCUGCGCCGCGCUGGCCGCGCCCUGGUUGGCUUGCAGGUCGCGGGCUGGGCGGCUGGCCGGGCUGAGGUCGGGGCUCGGGCGCCGGCCGGGUGUACGCGGUGCUGGGCUCCGCCGCGGUCCGGGUCGGUGACGGCGCGCGCGAGGGCGCGGCCAGGCGCCGAGGGCGGGGACGGCGUGCGGGCGGCGCCUAGGGGAGGAGACCGGCCCAUGGACCCGCGGGGCCCGGUGCCCCAGACUCGGUGCCGCCGGGACGGAGCCCAAGAUGUCGGCCUAGGCCGGGCUGCGACGACAAGGACUGUGCGGCUACUGGACGCCGGGGUGCGCGGCCGCCGGGCCGGGGAGUGCUGGCUCUGACGCCGGGGCGCACGGACGGAGAGAGGCCGGCGCGUGGGGAGCGGGCCGCGCGGCACCAUGUCGGCCAAGGUGCGGCUCAAGAAGCUGGAGCAGCUGCUCCUGGACGGGCCGUGGCGCAACGAUAGCGCCCUGAGCGUGGAGACGCUGCUGGACGUGCUGGUGUGCCUUUACACCGAGUGCAGCCACUCGGCGCUGCGCCGCGACAAGUAUGUGGCGGAGUUCCUCGAGUGGGCCAAGCCUUUCACCCAGCUCGUGAAGGACAUGCAGCUUCAUCGAGAAGACUUCGAGAUCAUCAAAGUGAUCGGGAGAGGAGCCUUUGGUGAGGUUGCUGUUGUCAAAAUGAAGAACACUGAACGAAUUUAUGCAAUGAAAAUUCUCAACAAAUGGGAAAUGCUAAAGAGAGCAGAGACAGCUUGCUUUCGAGAAGAGCGUGACGUGCUGGUGAACGGCGACUGCCAGUGGAUCACGGCUCUGCACUAUGCCUUUCAGGAUGAGAACUACCUGUACUUGGUCAUGGAUUACUAUGUAGGUGGUGAUCUGCUGACCCUGCUGAGUAAGUUUGAAGACAAGCUUCCGGAAGACAUGGCGAGGUUCUACAUUGGCGAGAUGGUGUUGGCCAUUGACUCGAUCCACCAGCUCCACUAUGUGCACAGAGACAUCAAGCCCGACAACGUCCUUCUAGAUGUGAACGGUCACAUCCGCCUGGCUGACUUUGGCUCGUGCUUGAAGAUGAACGAUGAUGGCACUGUUCAGUCUUCCGUGGCCGUGGGCACACCUGACUACAUCUCACCAGAGAUCCUGCAGGCCAUGGAGGAUGGCAUGGGCAAAUACGGGCCCGAGUGUGACUGGUGGUCGCUGGGCGUCUGCAUGUAUGAGAUGCUAUACGGAGAAACCCCGUUCUACGCAGAGUCUCUGGUGGAGACAUACGGGAAGAUCAUGAACCACGAGGAGCGGUUUCAGUUCCCAUCCCAUGUCACCGAUGUCUCUGAAGAAGCAAAAGACCUUAUCCAGAGACUAAUAUGCAGCAGAGAGCGCCGACUUGGGCAGAAUGGAAUAGAAGACUUUAAGAAACACGCAUUCUUUGAAGGUCUGAAUUGGGAGAAUAUACGAAACCUUGAAGCGCCCUACAUUCCCGAUGUGAGCAGCCCUUCGGACACGUCCAACUUCGAUGUGGACGACGACAUGCUGAGAAACAUUGAAAUCUUACCUCCCGGCUCUCACACGGGCUUCUCGGGACUGCAUUUGCCCUUCAUCGGUUUCACAUUCACGACGGAAAGCUGCUUUUCUGACCGGGGCUCUCUGAAGAGCAUGACUCAGUCUAACACGCUAACCAAAGACGAAGAUGUGCAGCGGGACUUGGAGAACAGCUUGCAGAUCGAAGCGUACGAGCGAAGGAUACGGAGGCUGGAGCAGGAGAAGCUGGAGCUCAGCCGGAAGCUGCAAGAAUCCACCCAGACUGUGCAGUCCCUUCACGGUUCCACACGGGCCCUGGGCAACUCAAACCGCGACAAGGAAAUCAAGAGGCUGAAUGAAGAGCUUGAACGCAUGAAGAGUAAAAUGGCAGAUUCAAACAGGCUCGAACGCCAGCUGGAGGACACAGUGACACUUCGCCAGGAGCAUGAGGACUCCACACACCGGCUGAAGGGCCUCGAGAAGCAGUACCGCCUGGCCCGGCAGGAGAAGGAAGAAUUGCACAAGCAAUUGGUUGAGGCUUCAGAGCGAUUGAAAUCCCAGACCAAAGAACUUAAAGACGCGCAUCAGCAGCGAAAACGGGCCCUGCAGGAGUUCUCAGAGCUCAAUGAGCGCAUGUCGGAGCUCAGGUCGCUGAAGCAGAAGGUGUCCCGUCAGCUCCGGGACAAGGAGGAGGAGAUGGAGGUGGCCAUGCAGAAGAUCGACUCCAUGCGGCAGGACCUCCGCAAGUCUGAGAAGUCCAGGAAAGAGCUGGAAGCUCGGCUUGAGGACGCAGCUGCCGAGGCCUCUAAGGAGCGGAAGCUCCGAGAACACAGCGAGAGCUUCUGUAAGCAGAUGGAGCGCGAGCUCGAGGCCCUCAAGGUAAAGCAAGGAGGCCGGGGGCCAGGGGCCGCGUCGGAACAUCAGCAGGAGAUCUCCAAAAUCAGGUCGGAGCUCGAGAAGAAAGUCUUGUUCUACGAGGAGGAGCUGGUGCGCCGAGAGGCCUCCCACGUGCUAGAAGUAAAGAACGUGAAGAAGGAAGUCCACGACUCCGAAAGCCACCAGUUGGCCCUGCAGAAAGAGGUCCUGAUGCUGAAAGACAAGUUAGAAAAGUCAAAGCGAGAACGGCACAGUGAGAUGGAGGAGGCCAUAGGCACCGUGAAGGACAAGUACGAACGGGAGAGGGCCAUGCUGUUCGAUGAGAACAAGAAGUUAACAGCAGAAAACGAAAAGCUUUGUUCCUUUGUGGAUAAACUAACAGCCCAAAACAGACAGCUGGAAGAUGAGCUGCAGGAUCUGGCAUCCAAGAAGGAGUCAGUUGCGCACUGGGAGGCGCAGAUCGCAGAGAUCAUUCAGUGGGUCAGCGAUGAGAAAGAUGCCAGAGGCUACCUUCAAGCCCUUGCUUCUAAGAUGACCGAAGAGCUUGAGACCUUGCGAAGUUCUAGUUUGGGAUCCAGGACACUGGAUCCACUCUGGAAAGUUCGUCGGAGUCAGAAGCUGGACAUGUCUGCACGGCUGGAAUUGCAGUCUGCUCUUGAGGCCGAGAUCCGUGCCAAACAGCUCGUUCAGGAGGAGCUGAGGAAGGUCAAAGACAGCAGCCUGGCCUUCGAAAGCAAACUGAAGGAAUCGGAAGCGAAAAACAGGGAAUUGUUAGAAGAAAUGCAAAGUCUGAGGAAGAGGAUGGAAGAGAAGUUUAGAGCGGAUACAGGGCUCAAACUUCCAGAUUUCCAGGAUUCUAUCUUUGAGUAUUUCAACACUGCUCCUCUUGCACAUGAUCUGACUUUUAGAGACUCGCUCUCUUCCUCAUCUGCAUCUUCUCUGCUAGCCUUGUGGGAGGACACCAGCUCAGCUAGUGACCAGGAAACACAGGCUUCAAAGAUGGACUUGUCCCCAUCAGUGUCUGUAGCCACGAGCACAGAGCAGCAGGAGGAUAUGGCUCGGCCACAGCAGAGGCCGUCUCCUGUGCCACUGCCCAGCACGCAGGCCCUCGCCAUGGCUGGACCGAAGCCCAAAGCCCACCAGUUCAGCAUCAAGUCCUUCCCUAGCCCCACCCAGUGCAGCCACUGCACGUCCUUGAUGGUCGGACUGAUCCGACAGGGCUACGCCUGUGAGGUCUGUGCAUUUUCCUGCCAUGUGUCCUGCAAAGACAGCGCUCCCCAGGUGUGCCCCAUACCUCCUGAGCAGUCCAAGAGGCCUCUUGGCGUAGACGUGCAGAGGGGCAUAGGCACGGCCUACAAGGGCUACGUCAAGGUCCCAAAGCCCACAGGCGUGAAGAAAGGAUGGCAGAGGGCUUACGCCGUGGUCUGUGACUGCAAACUCUUCCUGUACGACCUGCCAGAAGGGAAGUCGACCCAGCCCGGUGUCGUUGCCAGUCAAGUCUUGGACCUCAGAGAUGAGGAGUUUGCUGUGAGUUCAGUCCUGGCCUCAGAUGUUAUCCAUGCUACACGCCGAGACAUUCCGUGCAUAUUCAGGGUGACGGCCUCUCUCUUAGGUUCGCCUUCUAAGACCAGCUCACUGCUCAUCCUGACGGAGAACGAGAAUGAAAAGAGGAAGUGGGUAGGGAUCCUUGAAGGGCUGCAGGCCAUCUUGCAUAAGAACCGGCUGAAGAGCCAGGUAGUGCACGUCGCACAGGAGGCCUACGACAGCUCGCUGCCGCUCAUCAAGGCCGUCCUGGCUGCUGCUAUCGUGGAUGGAGACAGGAUUGCGGUCGGCCUGGAAGAAGGGCUCUACGUCAUUGAGCUCACCCGAGACGUGAUCGUCCGCGCUGCUGACUGCAAGAAGGUGUACCAGAUCGAGCUGGCGCCCAAGGAGAAGAUCGCCAUCCUCCUGUGUGGCCGGAACCACCAUGUGCACCUCUACCCCUGGUCCUCCUUCGACGGAGCAGAAGCGAGCAACUUUGACAUCAAGCUCCCGGAAACAAAGGGCUGCCAGCUCAUAGCGACAGGGACGCUGAGGAAGAGCUCGUCCACCUGCCUGUUUGUCGCUGUGAAGCGACUAAUCCUUUGCUACGAGAUCCAGAGAACUAAGCCUUUCCACAGGAAGUUCAGUGAGCUGGUGGCUCCGGGACACGUGCAGUGGAUGGCCGUGUUCAAGGACAGGCUCUGUGUUGGCUACCCCUCUGGGUUCUCUCUGUUGAGCAUCCAGGGGGACGGGCCGCCUCUCGACCUGGUAAAUCCCACUGACCCCUCGCUCGCGUUCCUCUCACAGCAGUCUUUCGAUGCCCUCUGUGCUGUGGAGCUCAAAAGUGAGGAGUACCUGCUUUGCUUCAGCCACAUGGGACUGUACGUGGACCCUCAAGGUCGGAGGUCACGCAUGCAGGAGCUCAUGUGGCCUGCGGCUCCUGUCGCCUGUAGUUGCAGCCCCACCCAUGUCACAGUGUACAGCGAAUACGGGGUGGAUGUCUUCGACGUGCGCACCAUGGAGUGGGUUCAGACCAUCGGCCUGCGGAGGAUAAGACCUCUGAACUCUGAUGGCAGCCUCAACCUGCUGGGCUGUGAGCCCCCUCGCCUCAUCUACUUCAAAAACAAGUUCUCAGGAACAAUCCUCAAUGUGCCCGACACCUCGGACAACAGCAAGAAGCAGAUGCUGAGGACACGGAGCAAACGACGUUUUGUCUUCAAGGUUCCCGAGGAAGAGCGGCUACAGCAGCGGCGAGAGAUGCUCAGAGACCCCGAACUGCGAUCCAAAAUGAUAUCCAACCCAACCAACUUCAACCACGUGGCUCACAUGGGUCCUGGGGAUGGCAUGCAGGUGCUCAUGGACCUGCCUCUGAGUGCUGCACCCACUGUCCAGGAGGAGAAGCAGGGCCCUACCCCAGCAGGCCUCCCCCGGCAGCCGCCAUCCAGGAGCAAGCCCUAUGUCUCGUGGCCGUCGUCAGGUGGGUCCGAGCCUGGAGUGCCUGUGCCUCUGAGGAGCAUGUCCGACCCCGACCAGGAUUUUGACAAAGAGCCUGACUCUGAUUCCACCAAACACUCAACUCCAUCCAAUAGCUCCAACCCUAGCGGCCCCCCAAGCCCCAACUCGCCCCAUCGGAGCCAGCUCCCUAUGGAAGGCCUGGACCAGCCAUCCUGUGACGCCUGAGGCCUCCAGCAUAGCACCGUGGGGCCAGGGAGCCCGAAUGGCCCCAGCAUCAGUGCCAAGGCUGAGCUGACGACUCUCCAGUGUUGUCCAAGGAAAUGUAGAAUCAGUUUGUAGAUAGAUAAAAUAAUCUUUAUUAUAAUGACCAGUUUUGUGCCACAUUGUUGGUGGCGAUCGACCAGAUGUGUUCGUCUGCACAGCCGCGAGGCAACACUGUUCCGUUUGCACAUGAAGGACCACCACUCACCCCUCCCCCCAGGACCACCCAGGCCCACAUCCACCGGCUUCCUCAGCAGAUGCUGGGGUAUGGCCUCAAGACCUUCCCUCUCUCCUGAAGAUGUCUCAACCCUACAAAGACUAAAGUGCGCCAUCCCAGUGCCACAGAAGGCAGAGGGUAGUUGGUGGCCUUUUCAUCCACUUAACCCUGACACAGGCAGCUGCUGACCGGCCGCCUGUGUCCUGUGUCCGUCCAUUCUGGGCCACAGCCAUGAGAUGCCCCUCCUGCUGUGAAGGUAGCUGUGCGCUGGCUCCCAGUGUGCCUGCAGCUGCCACAGGCCAGCACACGGUGGGGAAGGCAGGCCCAUGGCCUCCUGAGUUCAGAGGCAGCCGGAGCCUGGGGAGCCAUGCCCCAGGCCCUGUGACAUCCCCUCGCCCUGCAUGGAGCCUGUGUGUCACAGAAUCGCCCAACACUCCUGCACAUCAGCAGCACCAGGCCCGGGAGUGCCACGAGUGUUGAACCUCAUCCCUUCCUGUGUCCUGGGCUGAGUGACCAGGUCAGUGGCCCUGCCCGUGAAGGCUGGCGAUUAACUGUGGCAGCAGACAUGUCCUGUCCUCAUCUUGGACAGGCCUCCCUUCCCCGUUGGCGUGCUUGGUGACACGAUUCAGGGUGAGCACUUGGCCGAGUUGGCACUGAGGGUGGUGGCACAGCAGGCCAAGCCUGCGUGUCACACCCAGCACCUGCUGCCUGCCCCACCCACCCUCCCCGGCUCUGUGCCGGGGCAGGCACCUGCUGGGGGUUCUGGUUUUUACUUUUUUAAUGUAAGUCUGAGUCUUUGUAAUUAUUGAAUUGUGAGAACAAUUUUGAACAAUUUACCUGUCAAUAAAGCAGAAGGCAGCAGUUUUAAAGUU